AUGGAAGGACUCUACUUCAACAUAGAGGGUGGGUACUUGGAAGGAGUGAUCCGUGGAUAUAGAAAUGGGCUUCUUACAUCUUCCCAGUAUGUUAAUUUGACACAGUGUGAUAAUUUGGAGGACCUCAAGUUGCAACUAUCGGCCACCGAAUACGGCAACUUCCUCUCGGACGUCUCAGGAAAGCUCUCGACGUCUGUUUUGGAGCAAAAGUUGAGCGAAGACCUGGUGAAACAAUUCCGUUAUUUGAGAGCACAGGCUUCAGAACCUCUUUCUAAGCUUAUGGACUACAUUACUUACGGCUAUAUGAUCGAUAAUGUGGCCCUAAUGAUCACAGGCACCAUCCACGAACGUGACCGGUCCGAGAUUCUCGAAAGAUGCCAUCCUUUGGGCUGGUUUGAUACGCUUCCGACCCUUUCUGUGGCCACAGAUAUCGAAUCUUUGUAUGAAACAGUUCUUGUCGACACACCUUUGGCCCCAUAUUUCCACAACUGCUUCUCGGUGGACGACCUAGAUGACACCAACAUUGAGAUCAUCCGGAACACGUUGUACAAGGCGUACUUGGAGGAUUUCUACGAGUUUUCCAAGACUCUUUCAAGCCCCUCCAAUGAGGUAAUGGAGCGUUUGCUCUCGUUUGAGGCUGAUAAAAGGGCCAUCAACAUCUGUGUCAACUCACUUGACACGGACUUGACCGUUGAGGAUAAGCUCAAGAUGCUUCCAGGGCUCGGAAAGUUGUCUGCACCUGCUUUUCAGCAUGAUUUGGCACAUGCAGACGACUUGGAGCAGAUAAAAAUGACUGUGACCUCCAUUCUCGAGUACCGCGACUUUUUUGAUGAAUCCAACGGCAAAACUCUCGAGGACCGGUUCUAUGAGUACGAGAUGUCGCUUUGUAAAAAUGCAUUCACUCAACAGUUCACCUAUUCCACAGUUUGGGCGUUUGUGAGAUCCAAGGAGCAGGAGAUUCGUAAUAUCACGUGGAUUGCCGAGUGCAUUGCCCAGAGCCAGAAGGAUCGGAUCAACAAUUACAUAGCUGUGUACUAA